AUGUCUUUACCUGAAUCGAAAGACUUUUCCUAUCUGUUUUCGGAUGAAACCAAUGCUCGUAAGCCAUCACCAUUGAAGACCUGUAUCCACCUUUUCAAUGACCCUAAUAUCAUCUUUUUGGGCGGUGGUCUGCCAUUGAAGGAUUAUUUCCCAUGGGAUAAUUUAACUGUGGAUUCACCCAAGCCUCCUUUUCCUCAGGGUAUAGGUGCUCCAAUUGAUGAGCAAAAUUCCAUAAAAUACACCGUCAAUAAGGAUUACGCUGAUGCAAGUGCUAACCUCUCCCACGAUAUUCCAUUGGCAAGAGCUUUGCAAUACGGGUUCAGUGCCGGUCAACCUGAAUUGUUGAACUUCCUAAGAGAACAUACUAAGAUUAUUCAUGACUUAAAGUAUAAAGAUUGGGACGUCCUAGCCACUGCAGGUAAUACUAAUGGUUGGGAAUCUACUUUGAGAGUCUUUUGCAACAGAGGCGACGUUAUCUUAGCCGAAGCACAUUCCUUUUCGUCUUCUUUAGCUUCUGCUGAAGCUCAAGGUGUCAUUACCUUCCCUAUUCCAAUUGACGCUGGUGGUAUUAUUCCGGAGAAAUUGGCCAAAAUCAUGGACAACUGGACAGCUGGUGCUCCAAAACCAAAAUUAUUAUACACUAUUCCAACAGGCCAAAACCCAACUGGUACGUCUAUAGCAGACCAUAGAAAGGAAGCCAUCUAUAAGAUUGCUCAAAAGCACGACUUUAUAAUUGUGGAAGAUGAACCUUACUAUUUCCUACAAAUGAAUCCUUACAUCAAAGACUUGAAAGAAAGAGAGAAGGCGCAAAGUUCUCCAAAGCAGGAUCAUGAUGAAUUCUUGAAAUCCCUGGCCAAUACUUUCCUUUCCUUAGAUACAGAUGGUCGUGUCAUUAGAAUGGAUUCUUUCUCAAAAGUUUUGGCUCCAGGAACAAGAUUAGGCUGGAUUACAGGUUCUUCCAAGAUCUUGAAACCUUACUUGAGUCUGCAUGAAAUGACUAUUCAAGCUCCAGCAGGUUUUACGCAGGUUUUGGUCAACGCUACACUAUCCCGAUGGGGCCAAAAGGGUUACUUAGAUUGGCUACUUGGUCUACGUCAUGAAUACACUUUGAAGCGUGAUCGUGCCAUCGAUGCCCUUUACAAAUACCUGCCACAAUGUGACACUUUUGUCAUUAACCCACCAAUUGCGGGUAUGUUCUUCACCGUGAACAUCGAUGCCUCUGCUCAUCCUGAAUUCAAGACAAAAUACAAUUCAGAUCCUUAUCAGUUAGAGCAGGCCAUUUAUCACAAAGUGGUCGAUCGUGGUGUUUUAGUGGUGCCUGGUUCUUGGUUUAAGAGCGAGGGUGAAACAGACCCCCCUCAACCUACUGAAUCCAAGGAGAUCAGUAACCCAAAUAUAAUUUUUUUCAGAGGUACUUACGCUGCUGUCUCUCCAGAAAAAUUGGUAGAAGGUCUAAAAAGAUUGGGUGAUACUUUACACGAAGAGUUUGGAAUUGCCCAUUGA